CAUCAUUACGAGGUUCGGUCUCCUCAGUAGACGUAUAAUAUUUUCGUUACGUUGUUGUUAUAUGUUAUAUGUUAGUAUUAUUAUUUCAUUGUACGGGAAACAAGUGAUUGGUUUGCAUUCUGAGUGAAAUUUGUACUGGUACAAAACCGGGAAUGGAUUUUCAAUGAAACGCGCCGCUAGCUGACAACAUUGCAUCUGGCAACACCAGUUUUAUGGCAGACUCUCGCGGUACGGUUGUUGUACUGUCAUCCCGACCUUGUUUGUUUUGAGCCAGAGUUCGCGUAUCGCCCAAUGCAUGAAUGUAUGUUGGCCGAUUGAGGGAGAGAGAGUGAGAAAUAUAUAACAUUUUUGGAGUGAAUUGGAGCGGAGUAUCACUCGCGCAGGGGAGAAAAACAGGAGAAGAGAACGCACCAAAGGAAACGCAAGGAUAGCGCCGAGGAAGCAAACGAAAAAAAAAGCAAAAAAAGAAAAAUUUUGCUGUACAGAGACGUAGUUCGAGUGUUGUUUAGUGUUUAUAUAGUUUAAUUGAGCAAAUUCUAGUGAGACAAUAGUUUUCGUCGGAUCCGGGAGUUGAUCCAUCGCAUUCAUGAUGAAUAAGCUAGACUACGAUGUAGAUUGCUUAGAAAUAAGUGACGACCUGAUAAGCAUGGCCGAGGACAAUACAUUAGGUGACUUCUCACAUAUCGACGAUGAACUGCAGUUUGUGAAAAAUGAUGGAAUGCUAGCACUUAGAUUAAUUCAAGUGGCAGAUAGUUUAGACUCACCCAACUUUAUCACAGGAUCACCAGAUAACUCCUACCCAACGCUAACCAACUCAAGCAGCGAUCCUAAUCAAUGCUCAUUCUUUGUGAUCAAAAAGAAUAACGACAACGUUAAGCAGAACAGACCCACUGUCAACAUCAGCAGAUCAGGCCCAAGGUCGACCGACUGCCCCAGUGACACAAACGUGAAUAGAAAGCAGCAACGAGAUGACAGACGGCGGGCGAACCACAACGAGAUCGAGCGACGGCGGCGGGACAAGAUCAACAACUGGAUCCACGAGCUGAACAAGAUCAUCCCCGCGGAGCAUAUGAACAGUCCCUCGACGGAUCCGCAGCAGAACAAACAGAACGGUGGCCAAGGCGAGAACCUCUCGAAAGGCGGCAUCCUAGCGAAGGCCUGCGAGUAUAUCACCCGGCUGAAGGACACCAGCGACAAACUUACCGAGUGCCUUGCCGAAAAGGAUCAGAUACUGCUGGAGAACCUGCAGCUCAAAGAAAGCAUCAACCAGCUGCUGGCGGAGAACAAGCGGUUGCAGUCCGAGCUGCAGUUUGCACUCGCCACCAACGUCAAAAUAGAAUCGUAGCCAUCAUCAAAAAGUCAUUAUCAUGUUAUCAUAGUUUAAAUAAUGCUAGGUAUUAAAAGUUGAGCGAGUACCAGAGCGAGCGAGAGAGUAUUAGUCGGAAGUGUGUAAGAACGCUGUGCGAUCGGAAAACACACACACAUCUAUAUAUAUACACAUACGCGCAAGAAAACAUACAGAAUCAAUAAUGUAAGUAUUCGUCUUUAAUUAUUAAACAAUCAAUUUACAUAUAGAGAGUUAUUUGUUAAACAAUCAUUGCACUACAUGAAAAAAGCAAAAACAAAAGACAACCUAUGAACGAGACAAAUAAGAGAUGCAAGAACGGAGGAACGAAACGCCGAGCAACGUGAAAAAGACAUUGUUAACCCCGUAUAUUGAUGAAAGUAAGCAUAAACCUACCCACAGAACACUACACUACGCGAUAUUGUUUGUAGAAUUAGAGCAUUAUUUAUUCCUUUCCAUUUUCCUUAGGCUUUUCAUUCGUAUCUUCUGUUCUUGUCACCUCGCUUUGUUUCGCAAUAAAAGUCCUGCCUAAGUUUAAUAUAGGUCUGUUCGUGUGUACAUAUUUUAAUUGCAUUGUUGAUUAUUCCAUCGGAACCUACUUGUUGUACCUACUAGAAGAAGAAAAAGUUCGAAUGAAAAUAGCUCAAGCUUAAGCCGCACAAACAAAACAAAAAAAGACAGAGAAACGUGGAAUAGAUUUGCAAGGCCCUUGUGUGGCACUGCCGAUGGCCUUUACGAAGUUUUUGUUCAGCCUUGUCGUUUUUUCAAUUGAAGGCUCCGUAGAAAAAAAUAAUCCAACUCCGGUGGUUCGUCCCCGUCCGUGUAUCCGCUCGGUAUAUUCAUCUUCAAUUAUCGUGAUGAUAACACAAAGCGCAUGGUUUAGGAGGUUUAAUCUGAACGAAGCGGGCGAGCUCAGAAUGAAUAUGAAAUAUGUGUACAAUGUCACUUAACGACAAACGGCGGUUUGGUUGCUCGGGUAAGAAGAACACUGUGGCCAACAUUUGGCCACGUCUGGUGCUCGCCAUGUUUUGCUGUCAACAUAGCGAAAAGGUGCUAAUGUAAUCGUCCCAUUAUUUGUUAGACUAUCCGAUGGAGCCGUUUUGACGAGUUCUGCUCCAGGUCGUGAUCGGUUUCUCCAUCCCAAUCACAACAGGUGCUAAUUGAUUCAUCCUCAAUGGAAUGUAGUCUAGCGACGAUAGCAACAGCGUCGAUGGAAUGAGCUGCGCUGUUGCGAUGACAAAAUAUUUGCUCGACUUAGGGCAUUUUCCACUGUUUCAUAGGAAAUCUUCCAAUGUCAAAAAAAAAAAAACGUCACAAGUGUUGUGACCUCACCCGUCAGUGAUCCAUUCUACUUCAACAAUCUAAUUUACGAUCAGUCGUCUCCAAUUUAUCUCGUACUGUGUCCCAAAAUUAUGUUAUCACGACGCAUGCCUUUCAACUGAUAAGUCAUGGAAAUAAAAGAUGUCACUCACCCGCCUGCAUAUUAUGGGACGUUAAAUAGUCGUAUAUCUCAAUUGUGUACACACACGAAUAGCGUAAUUCAAUUAGUUGUGCAAGACAAAUUUUAUCAGCAUUCACUCUGUCCUCAGCUCGGGCAGUCCAGGUCGUCUUCAGAAUGGCAAUAAUCGAAUGACGACGUAUCUUUGGUAUUUUUUUCUUUUUCGUUAGAAAAUGGAAGUUCAUUCCGAAUAAUUGGAAGGGUACACUGUUUAGCAGUUUACGUUUCAUUCGCAUGACUCGACUGACGCAGCACCUGUUAUCGCUUAUUUCAGACGGAAGCACGGAAGUUGCAGUGUAGGGUGUAUGCUCAACCAGGUCCGGCUAACCAACGCACGUCGGUUUCUAAUUGGAAAAUCCCACCACAAUCCGACAAAGCGGAGUUCGACAGUCUUAAGUGGAAAUAUUUCGAAACGAACAAUCUUCCUAAUCAGGAGGGUAUUUUUAGAAAAUUAAAAACCGACUAUCUUAUCAAGCGUAAUUCUACGACACAGAAAAAAAAUGGUUCCUAUCGACGAGAAUUCACCGUCGUCGAAACAAUGAGGGCUUGUUUCCGUUCGACGAGGUUGCCCCAGAGAGGCGCCUGGUGUGGAUUAGACUUUGUCUGCGCCGAUACGGUUGAACUCAUCAUCAUUCCGCAAUUGCGCAACCGUUCAUCGUGUCGUCGCUUGCUUCUCCCCGUUUGCUCACUUGGGACGGACAAUUCGCACUGAACUAGCGCAAAUGUCAAGCUGUACAAACAUAUCACACCUUGACUGGUUCCCCGGGACUCACCCGCGGUGGAAGCUGUAAAACAAUUACACGCUGCAUCGCAAAUUUUCACAAAGUGCAUCUUAAUCAUUUCGCUGGCGUCGGUGGCGCGGCUCGUCGCCGCUGCGGAUUCUAGUGGUGUCACGUUUUUUCCAGCAUUUCCUCGAAAUUCGGUUGUGAUGGACGUGGACGUGGAUGACCGAACGUGGCGCAGUCGAAACAACAGAACUUGGAGUCCCAGUAGGAAUGAUAAGCCAAGCGUCGUACCACUCACUGGUUGGUGAAUUGUGGUGGGAUAUUUCCGCGUCAUAGACGUUAAUUGCUUGUAAAUUGUAACAAUUGAUUAUAAGGCUAAUCGUUGGAUUGGAGUUUAUUGAGAGCUCACGUUCAAACACUGUUACACAUCGACAUUGUAACAUCAUUUAUCAUCCACUGUGCUAUGGGACACUACCGGCGCACUGUCCUCACGCAUAUCAUUGAUAUUAACGUUUACGUUCAUCAAAAUUAUUUGCUACGAAAUAUGUAGUGAUUCUCACGGAUUUCGGUCCAAAGCGUUCGUUAAAAAGCGCACUUUUCCUACGUACUGACCACACGAAAGCCUAAAUGGGUCACAAUGUUUCCUUCAUAAAUUUCUACUCUCUUUUUCCUUUUUUUUUUGGAUUCCAUCCAGUGGCGUAGCGUGACCGGAUGACACCCUGGGCGGAUGUCUUGGGUGUCACCCCUCUAUCAAUAUCUUGUUAUCAAGUCUUUGUUUUUUACUAGAAAAUCGAAUAUAAACAUAUUUAUUAAUAUACUAAAACGAACAAGAAAUCAAAAAACAAGGUCAAUAAAGUUAGUCACUUCAAAUCGACAGUAAAGCCAACCCAUUUAAGCAUGCCUACCUCAUCAUUUACCGCAAAUUUCAAAUCAAUUUCAACUUUGAUGAAUCUCUUCCACAAGAUGCAACAGAAAGGCAAACAGUUAAUGAUCACUUUAAUCACUGAAGUAUCUGGAAGCAAUUCUUGAAUGUGACGCUUCACGAUGAACUAUAACUGUAACCGAAGCAAAAAACAGUCUAAUGAUUGACAUCGACUGUUCCUUUCAGCAGUAAGGAAAAAUAUCAUAGCACUGAGUAUGGUCACAACGUUACCCAUAAGCUUUUGAUUUGCAAAUAGUUCUGCGCUAGAUCUACUUCACGUAGUACAUCGCACCAAAAGUACGAAUAACACAGAAAUAAUAAACUGUAAGCUGCUGGUAGGAGGGACCGUGCACUAGCCGUGAUCGUUACGUAACAAAUUUUUAUUCCUAAAUAAAUUCACGCGGCAAUAUAUGCAUGAGGAGCAAGCUUCAAUUCUGAGACCGAAAGAGGUGUAUUUCCUGAGCCAAAAUGAUAAAGUACGUGUUGUAACGGGCAGUAAGCAGGGACCGAUUAAUGCAUCUCGAAUUUCGCGGUAAUGGUAGAUUAUCAUGAUUUUGUCUUGGCUGACAAACAAACGUUUAUUCCGGCUGUUAUCGCAGGAUGCAAAAUAAAGCUAGAGCUCCUCGGUCAUGCUGAAGUUGUUCAUUACAGUGGUCCAAUGUACGUUGCUAUUCGUUCUAGAAGGCACUGUUCUUCGAACGCAUUUCCUCAUGGGCUCGAUUUUCGAAAUGUGUGUUCGGUACCUUACAAUAAUCAAGCCAGCAUUGGAGGACCAGACGAGAACUCUCUUUUUAAAACGGUCAUAGAUAUUUUCGAUUUAUCAUUUGAAUCAAUUGAAUCUUGAUGCAAUAUUAGUUGCUACAGAUGCUCCAACACGCAGUGCUUUCAACUGGGUUGAACGUCGAUUGUCCCUCUUUCCCGGGUAUUAGCAGGUUCAAUACUUCCUCAUGAUCGUGAGAGAUCUCACUUGGAUGAAAAACUCAAAACAAGGGACCCGGAACUGGAAACAAAACGUUUUGACUAUGCAGGGGAACUGUUAGCUGAUGUCGAUGGAUAUCCUGUCAAAGCAGACUAUAUUGAAUCUGCAAACUCCCAAAUCAAUGGAGCGGAAUUAGUAGGACAUUAAGUCGAGUGGUGUGCUCGUCAUGUACGGACAUCCCAAGACCUUUUGCAAGUAAUGAAAUGUUACGAUAGGAACUGUUGCAUUGAACGAAGUAGUAGUUACGUUUGUGUAAAUCAACAUAAAUUUAUACCAGCUCAUGUCCCUCUCAGCUAAAAACUAGAUGUUUUGAAAACACCAAUUCCAACAGAUGUGAGCAUUAAUUUUCCGUCUCUGUUCGAAAUUCUAUGAACUUGUCGAAAGUUCUUCCGAAGUCACUACUUGCAUAUGAGAAACUUCCGUAUUAACAUUUGAUUCCGACUUAGGCAGAUAUUUUUCUUACGUUAAUAUUCUCAUUAUUUAAUAAAGCUGAAAAUUUGUCAAACGACUUUGAUUUUGUGAACAUAUUAGAGUUACGUAAUUUAAGGGGGAAGGUGUUUGUCUUGCAUUUCGUGUUGUUACAUAGGGGAGGGGGAAGGGUUCCAAAAAUCGCAUUUUUAGCGUUACGUAAUUUGUGUACCACGCCUUAGGGACUGUCCAUAUACCACGUGGACAGAAAAUGCACGACUUUUGGCACCCUUUCCCCCUCCGUAGACAAGCUUCGACAUUGAUUAUACCCAUCCCCCUUCAAUUAUUUAACAAAAGAUGAAGUGAAUAAUUGAAUAUAUUUUUUUAUUCAAAAAAAAAAUAUUUGCCGAAAAAAUGGAGUAGGCAGCAGGCUUAGAUUUCUAGUGAUCUAGUUCAUCGAUCCAUACAGAUCUUGCUCACUGCGAAAUAUUAUCGAUCACAGAAAAGGCUGGUUCAUCUUCACUCUCGGUUUUUUAAUCACCUUUUUCAAUCGUGUUCCUGUUCAGCUAUAGUAUCUCUUGAAUCAAUUGAAAGCUUUGUGAAAAUAUAAAAUAAAAUUGGCUUUAUUAGAAGACAAGGUUAUUUUCUGUUCUUUUUGUUCUUUGGGAAGAUAUUUCUAUCGUUUCACACUUUCUUCCAAAUUACAAUUUGGGUUGCUUUGAUUUCCCCAAUGAAAUUCAUAUCUGAACUUGGAACAUUUUACUAUACGGUAUAUUCAUUCGAAAACUUUUACACACUUUUCAACAACAUCAUCAUAGGCUCGAUGUGCUGAUUGAAGAGCAAAUGAUGAAAUCAUGAAUACUCUCUCUCUUGUUCCUCUAAAGGGGCCCCAGAUCGUAAGAACAAAGUAGAACUGCCAAGCUUCAUUGAGUCAUUUGUGGCAUUUACAAUUAUUUUGUAUAAAAGAAUGAUCCAGUCAAAAAUUACAGUUAUCAGAAAACACGACACGUUUUUAUAAAAAAGUUUCAACGUUAUUAACCAUUUUUUGCUACGAACGGAUUUUGAUGAUUUGCAUACCAACCAAAUCGACAAUUCUCUUGAAUUUGUUUGAUAUGCUAUACAUUACGAUUCCCUACAAAUCUUUCCGUUUUCAACUCAUUGAGUAGAAAUAUGCCGCGAUUACAAAUACACAGUCUCGCUCCAGCUAGCGAGAGGACAAUUGUCUUACCUUAUGUACGAGGGCAGUCCGAUAAGUACUUAGCCUACAAAAAACCAAAAAUUUUGGAAAAAUGGCAAUUUAUUUCUCAACAUAGCGCUUAGCUCGAUACACUUGACCCAGCGAUGCUCCAACUUCUUCAAUCAAUCUGAAAAAUACGUUUUAUCGAGGUCUGCAAAGUAGGCCUCACAUUUCUGAUGCAAUGAAUAUGCCAUCGCCUGUGACUGAGUGUAAUCGGAAAAUAGAUUCUAUUUCGAGUUGCCCAAGUUCAGAACACAGUUCUUCAAAGCAGCGACGAUACAUCCGCCCCAGCAAACAUUAAAUCUUAUAAAUAGCCAUAAUUGGAAUCGAUAUACAUGCAUCCAAGACACAUUUUGAUGCAUAUAACUGCCAUAUACACGCAAAAGUGGAGGCGAUAUACGUAUAUGCCAUAUUUCAUACGCAUAUAAAGCCGUAUAUAAUGAUAUACGAUGCUUUUUACACUGAUAUGACAUUUGACCCGACAAUGCAAUAUUAAAUGAAUAGAAUGUGCGUAUAUAAUACUGCAUAUCGGGAUGCUCUGGUGCUCCCUUGGCCGAGAGGUUAGCGUCAUAACUAACAUGCCGGGUGUUCGGGUUCGAUUCCCGUUCUGGUCGGGGGAAUUUUUCGUCAAAGAAAUUUCCUCCGACUGGCACUGUGAUCACGCGUAUUCUAGAGCUUGCCACUCAGAAUGCAUUCAAGGCGUGUUAUUUGGCAUAGAAAUCUCAACUAAGUACUAAUAAAAAUGACGCAAGUAAUACUACGUUGAGACGGCGAAGUUCCUCUAGGAACGUUAGUGCCAUUGAAGAAGAAGAAGAAGAUAUCGGGAUACUAGGAGAACUGUUAUACCGAUACACGAUUUAAUCCAUCAAUGGCAUAGAAAAUCGUGUUAUGUGUGAUCUAGCAUGUGCAAAGUUAUACGAUUUAAUGUUUGCUGGACUAAUCUGGAUAGUAUAUGUUAUCUGUAAAGAAACCAGUUCAAACAAUGAACCUGUAAUAUCAUCGUGAUUAAAGAUUUCAACGAUGGUCUUUCUUCAUAAUUUUUUGGAAAUAAAAGCAUAUUCCAAAAAAGGCACAAAUUGUCGGGCGUCUUCCAUUUCUGCAAAAGCUAUCCAUUUUCGGGAGUUCAUGGGAGAUAAAAACGACGUGACUUUUGUAUUAGGAGCGACAGAUAAAUUGAAAACCGCACCUUAGGGAACGGCGGCAUACAUUUUUAAUAUUGCUAAAAAUAUUCUUUGGACAGUCCUCUUUCAUUUGUCCAAUCAUUUAAUUUUUCAUAUAAAUUUUAAUUUUUUCUUUGAAAAAGACGGGUGGGUAAUGUCGGGGACAUAACCGGAGUGACGUAGGACUAUACUAAGGGGACAGCUUUUGUUAAAUAUAUAUUUUAAAUAUAUUGUUUUAUUUUCUUCUCAUACGUGAAUACCUACCUAUCUACCUGAAAAAUGGAUUAGUUUACUGUUUACUCUUUAUGAAUAUGUUGAUGGUUCUGAAAAGAAUCUUUGGUGUUGUGUUUUUGUUAUCACUCGAUAUUCCCAUCUUGUUCGGUUAAACCUUCCUGUUUAGCUAUUGCGUUUGCCACUCGCCACAGCUUUCACAGUUGGAAAAUUUCUUCCCAUCCAGCUUGUGACAUAUUUUACAGUAAAUUACAUUCAAUGGCACGUCGCAUUACCACCACUCAGUAUCGGAUUGGAGGUAAUUUUAACCAGUAAUUGAACAUUUGCGAUGACAGUGGUACAGUGUCAAUUUUCAAAGUGGGGUCAUAAUUUGGACCCCGAACUCUAUGUUUACAAAAAUGUCCAACUAAAUAUGUCGCAUUACAGGUCCGCCAAAUUAGCUAAAUGUCGAGAUAAGUGUAAAUUACUGUACUUUCAAUCUAGAAGCAAUUUAAGAAUUGGUGAAAAUCAAUAUGCUCAGAACAACUGCCAAAUUCACAUACUCAUCAUAUCCUGGCAAACAAAUUAUGAAAAAAUCAAUUUGUGUUUUAUUAUUAUUUUGGAUAUUGUUUUAGAAAGCAUUGAACUGUAUUUCCUAAACUCUUUUUUGGAAGGUUUAAUGGCCCUGAAAAGCGCCUUGUUUUAUGGAAUGGUUCCAAUUUAGAAAACUUAGUACUCGUGGUUUUGAAAAAAGCCAUUUCGAACGCCCUCGAUGCCGCCUUGUUCUGGAUUUGCCACCAAAGCAGUUUGUAUAAAGAACAAACUUUUUUCUUCUGCUACCUGAUGCCGUUUUGCGAUUGCGUUUGCCACUCGCUGCAACUGCCUGUUGUUGUCUUGAUGUGUUCUGCUCUGAAUGUGUUUUUUUUAUCGUCGCGAGCAGCUUUACCAGCCAACUCGAUCACUUCGGCGGCCGAAACUAUAUAACGCCGGCUAGGUGGACUGGUGCACUGGUACUAACGUGCUCGGCCUAGCUACCCUUGCGGGGAACUCCAGAUCAACAGGUUCGAGCGGGAUUUUGCCUUUCCCUUCACUUUUCCUCCUUUACCAUGUCCAGACAUGGCUGCUUGAGUUGGUUUGUUGAUGUGUUGUGAUGCGAACCGAUGUGGUGUACCGUUUGAAUGAGAAUGAUCGUUACGGAAGGAAGGAAGGUAUUGUAUUAUAGAGACUUUAAACUUUUUCAGUUCAUUCGUCUCUAGCCUUGAGAAAGGCCCUUUGAAAACUCUACUCUACUCUACUCCAGCGCUACCACCUCCGCCCUCUUGUCUUCAGAAAGGCACUCGAUCCCUCGCCGUCCAGCUCGUCCAGCAACGAUGUUGUCCAGUCGGUGUCCACACAAAGAAUGAUCGUUACGGCAGCGGAGCGGGGAUUUUUAAGCUGACUGGCUGGCUCGAGAAUUACGCAUGUGUGAGACUGCGACCAAUGUUUCGUUCAUUUUUUUCUUUUUCCUUUCCAAUCGUGCUUCAUUCUAUUUGGCUGCUGCUCUGGUUGCCCGUUUUGGUCGGUACGAUUUGAGGAGCACAAAAUGGACCAAUCAAAAAUGGGCACAUAGUGCAUUUGGACAAUGCUUGAUAUUUCACAAUCAUUCAAUUAUUUAUCUCAAGAAAAAUGAAAUGUUAUUCGUUAUGAUAGAUGCGUAGAUAUAUUUCCUAUCAAUUGAUGCAAAAACCUUUGCGAUCUAUUGAGAAAUGCUCGAGUUAUAAGCGUUCCAAAUCUUGCAUUUUUUCCUACUUGUUCAGUGCCUAGAUUUCCAUUUCACCCCCUAUAUCUUCCGGUUAGACGUAGUCCUACGUCAAUAGUCAUCCAAUAUGUCCACGUGGACAAUGUCUAUACCUCUACUGCCACACCGUGAACACGCGUGGACAUUUUCGAACCUUCGGUACCUGAAAUCAAAAAGCGUAAGGACGCUGAUAAUUUUGAUGACCAUUUUUUCGGGUCAUACUUUAGUGUCCCAGUGUUUCGACAGGAAUGGACCUCCAGGAUAUAAGAGAAUCCUGUAAGGUUGUUCUCAACUGCCUCCCAGCACAAAGGCCAAUCCCAAACAUUGAUGCCUUGGAUGAAUCGUGUAAUGUUGAAAUUUUCGUCUAUUCCUUUUCACCGAAAUUGUUUUUUUCAGAGAGAGAGAGAUGUGAGGUGUCUGUAUCUCUAAAGUUCAACGAGAAUACUUUUUCAUCUCUCAUUUAGUACUGAAAAUAUGAAGCGAAAAAUCAAAACUAAUUUUACUAACGUUAGCCUGUUUAGACAGUGUCUAAACGACCUGCGUUUGGACAGCGUCUGAAUUGUACAAAUAUUAACAUUCUUAUGUUCACUUCAACAUGAAAGUCAAUGCUACCACAUGUAUUCAUGCAAUGUUUUCAGCUGUACUGAAGAAGUGAAAAAACAUUAUCACAUUAUGUCACUGGAAACGAAACAAUUUUUUGACAAUCAUAACUCGCCGAAAAAUAAAAAUCGGCAUUGCGUUUCUCGCGAGAAUCGAAGUGAACGUAUAACAUUCUCUCGUCUCCUAUAUUCUCAACUAUUUUUCGCUGUGGCUGAAAACGGAUGUUUUUUCUCUCAAAUAGGCGAGCAUUUCAAUCUCUGCUUGAAACUAUUUAGAAUAAUCUCUUGCUGAUCUCUUGCAUCUACGUGAGAAUCUCGACAUCCAUGAGAUCUACUUUUUUUUUUUGGAGAAGUGUAAUUCAGCCUGAAUAUGAACAUAAUUGAGUUGCCAUUUCUGUCCAUCUUUCAUGUAUCUAAAAUGUCCACCCAACUAACAGUUCCCCAUCAGUGUGACGUUUUAAUGAUAAUUUGGUUUAGCUCUACGAUUUAUGAUACCUGAACAAUUUGUCAUCAAAACCUUUAUUUUACCUUUGUUCACGCAAAUUAGAAGAUUCCAUUAAGCUAUAAUGAUCAUGUCCAAUACGGCCCGAUGAAUGCAGUUUAAAGUCAAUGAAAAAGAAAACCUUUAUUCAACAUCAAAGUCUGGUGGAAACGUUCAUUCGACCAUAUUUUGAUUUUUUUUAAGCUUUGCUCAGACUGCGCUAUCAAAGAACAUUAUCUUCGUCUGACUGCAUUAUUUUCUUUUACCAAAUUUCUAUAAAUAAAAGUAGCUUGACACACGCUUGUGCCACCGACUGGACAACAUCGUUGCUGGACGAGCUGGAUAACGAGGUAUCGAGUACCUUUCUCAAGGCAGUGAGGGUGGAGGUGUAAUGCCAAGGGCCUUUCUCAAGGCUAGAGACGAAUGAACUAAAAUGUUUAAAGUCUCUCUAAUUCAAUAUCAUCAUUAUCAUCACACGCUUGUGAGAGUCUCCUACAACUACCCGAUUAAUCUGGUUCAGCUCUUGAUGAGCUUAUGAAAAAAAUUGAAAUCAACAAAUUGGCCGAGAUUCGAACCCGUGUCCUUUGCACCGAUGAUUAUCCAUCGAGCCAUUUGUUCCGUUAGACCACCUCAAAAUGUAAUGUCAAACAGUCGAACAUUAGCUUAGCAAAUGGCUUGCAGCAAAUGCUCAUUUCGGUAGUCCGUCAUGUGUUGUACAAAAGCUACUUUGUAGUUGAAGAAGCCUUCUUCAAAACAUUUCUCUAAUAUAACGUGGUAAAUAUCAAUGAUUGAAUAAAAUUCAACACCAAAAUGCUGCGCGUAGUCCUGAGCUACUAGUCUAGCCCUGAACUUUAUUACUACACGGUUCUUCGUCUUAUAUGGUCAUCAUGAACCGCUGACGUUUCGCUCUUCGAGCAAAUCCAUUAGCUUUCUGUGGAUUCGAUGUGCCUCCAGUUCUUCUUCAAGAGCUUCUUUAACACUCAAUUAACGCUCAUCGGCCAAAUCUCCAUUGGAUUGUUCACUUAAACUGGGAUCAUGUUUACUCUGAACCAACGGCAGGAGUUAGUCCGUCGCCUACUCGAUUUAAGGAACCAUUUUUAUGGGAUCCCUAUGACCGAUGUUGAUCGUUAGGCUUUUGAAUUGACAAUUUGAAUUGGCUCGGGGUUUGGAGAAUUUCUAACAUUUCUGAAUAUUUUGUUCCGCAAACCUGAGGCUGCGUCAGCAGUGAGUGCUACUGGAUUCAAUAGGCCAUAGGUGAACAACUUUGUUUGGUUUGUUUGGUUUGCAUUUUGGAAAACAAAAAUUAAUUUAAAAUACAGGUGAGAUCGCUGUGUCAACGACAAGUGAGGGGCUUAGAAUGAAAGGGGUGUAAGUGAUUUGAUCGAUUUCUCUACAUCGACUCUCUCUUUUGGUCAUAACUUAGCUGCAAAUACAUUCCCAGCUGUAUUUGAAAAUGUGGAAGAUAGGUCAGAACCUCAUCUAUCGGAUUAUAUAGCAAACUUAAACUGGAACGUUUUUGCAGUUGAGUUAUUAACUAAAUAAAAAGUUGAUGAAGAGAAAUCGAUCAAGUCACUUACACCCCUUGCAUUCUGAGCCCCUCAAGUGUAUUCUUCAACUUCUAAAAGAUAAUUGCUUUUAUAUUUUAUGGUGCCAAACAAAGAACCUGAAGAUUGCUUCCUCGGAAAGGAAAAAAGCAAGGCGGGAGUAUCAAUCCUGCUGAACGACGAAAAACAACAACUGUAGUUAUGUGCUUGUCCGCUGCAGGACAGCAUAUUCCCCAGAACCAGACUGCAUGCAUCUAUGAAAAACAGCGCUCCUGGCAAAACCGGGUUUGUCUUGCAACCCGCUCGGAUAUAUUACAGUUGACAUCUUCAACAUAUUGUUCAACGAUUUUUUGUAUAUUUUCCAAACAAACCCACUACGCCAAUGCCGCUGAGGUUUCUUUACGGAGCAAAUCCGAACGAACUAUUGGGCUUUACGAGAUGGUUCAACUGAUGGGCACUGUGUUCGUCAAAGCUGCUACAACGGUGGCUGUCGAUAGAUUUAGAAAAUCUGGACUGUUGCCGUCUGAUCGUACUAUUUCGAUGAGGAUUGCUUUGCUCCAUCGCUGGCAACCGAUCAACCGGAGCCGGAGUCAAAACCAUCGACAUCACAACUCAUCAUUCAAAAUUUUUGCAAUCAAAUAUCGUUAUCAUUUGUAAUUAUUCCCGCUCCCCCUCCCCCUUGAUCCGUAUGUGAUACUGAAAAUAUUACAGAUCAAUACCUAAUAUGUGAACAAAAAACUGUAACGAUUUUUAUUUGUCAAACCAUAGAAUUAAUAAUAAUCACAUAUCUCCGCAACAAUAUAAAGAAAGUUAAGCAAUACUGGAUAAUUCCCAUUUUGUAUGAGCGCUUCAAAGAUCCGCUUGAACAUUUCCGCAAAGAAAAGGGGCCACAGGAAGUACCUCGUCUUGCAUUCGUCAUAGUCCCCCUCUCCGAGUAUUAAGUUGUUUACCGCCCGGUUGAAGCUAUGAUAUUUAGAAGCUGUUGAUCAGCCGCCAAUUUACUAUCGUUUCAACAAUCGCAAUAACAACCUCGGCACGAGAUACACGUGUGCACAUGGGUCUCGCGUUUUGUCCAUCAAAGCACCUGUCUGCACCAAGCACAGUGGGCAGCAGUGGGAGAUGAUUGAUUUAUUGAAAAAAAAACAACAGCGAACGCCGGCCCUCGUGGAACCUCCCCCGCUACGACGCUAUAGCGGCGCAAAACAAUACGACACAUGAUAGUUAUGCUUCAUUAUCGAUGAGAAAUGAGCGACAUGCCGACAGAGUCAUGCGAAUUCGAAUUAAGUCGGGAUUGCGAACGCGGAAAGGGCAUUUGAUGGACAGCUGGAUGCCUGAUGAGCUUCAGAUAAUUCCGGGAAAUGCGCCGGGUUCUGAUUACGAAAGUGGUGCCCAUCGCCUACACUUUGUUCCACCGAUGGCCACACGAAGCAAAACUAUUUCACACACUUGUUCCUUUAAGUGCGAUUCACAUACAACAUCCACGUCACGUUCACGUUCCGUCCCGUCACGUUGCGUCAAUUAUUCUUCCAUGCAAUUCCUAUUGAAACAUUCACAUACACCAGCAACGGCAAGUCGAAGUUGCCGUUGCAGGUGUAUGUGAAUGUUUGCAUAAGAACUGCUUGGAAGAAUAAUUGACGCAACGUGACGGGACGGAACGUGAACGUGACGUGGAUGUUGUAUGUGAAUCGCACUUUAAGCGCGGAAUCGAUAGGCACGAAACGAACAUUGAAAAUAAUAAAACAGUACUACGAAAUGACAUAUCUGCGAACUCAUCGUUGAAAAUGCCUGCGGGUGCAUAUUAUAGAUAUUAUUAAGAAUUGAAAAACACAGCCGAAACGUUAUUUUGGGGGAGAAACGAUUAACCCUUCUUCGCCAAACCCGGCCAACAAGAGAGACUUGUAACCACAGAGCGGGAUACUUUAAAGUGAGAGAAACGCAAGCGUUUCAUAAUUUAAAUGUUAUACGUAUUUUCCGUUGAUUCUUUAUGUUCCAAAUUCUACACCCAACGAUUUCGAUUGAAGUUUAAUGUCAAUGAAACAAAAAUAGAGCGUUGUAAACAUUUGUUUCUGCUCAGAUUGUUGUUGUUUUCUCUUUUUAUUUUUGUUCUGUUUGAAUUAUUCUUGUCAAGGUUUUUUCUACAUAUUGUUGUUGAAUAUAUAUAUAUUGAAUAUACACAAAAAGGAUAAAUAGACUAAGCAUAUGAAAGAAAACAUAAAAGAUUUUAGCAAAGACUAAAGAGAAAAAAUACCUAACUAUAUAUAUGCGAAUAAAUGCAAUAAUAGUGUUAUUAUUUUAUUGAAUAACUAACUAUUAAUCGUAAGUAUUUUACUGGUAUAUUAUUACAUAUAAAGUAUUGGUCUAUGUACAAACGUUGUGAAACGAAAGCGGAAGGAGCGCGAGUUACUAUUGCAAUAAUAUAAAUUAGGAAACGUUACAAGCUGAGUGAGGAUCAUACCAAUCAAGAACAAACGAGGUAAAGCAUAUACUUAAAACGAAAGCAUAUACUACUGUGAACCAUCUUCUAACAAGCAUAAUAUUAUUGAAAAUCUAAAAUAAACGAAAUCAGAUACAAUAAUUAAAUUAAAGUUUUCAUUGAAAUUCUCAAAUGGUUACUAAAAUUUUGCUAUUACAUAAAAAUAUACUUAAAACGAACAAAAGAAAGUGGAAAUGUAUGAAUAUUUAUCAAAUGAUCAAGACAUGAACAUAUUAACGCUGGAAUUUUACAAAGCGAACCAUAUUAUAUAUAUACAAACAAAACAAACAAAAAACAAUUUGGAACAAAACAAAAUUAUUGUGCGAUUAUUGACAAUUGCAAGAGGUAAUAACUUAGGCUCGAUGUUGUUCAGCAAAACGGCGAAUCAAAGUACCGUGUUUUUCCUGUGAAUCCAAAAUAUAUAAAAAAUACAAGUCGUUAUGAUCUUCGAUUUAGUUACUUAUCCCCCGCAGCAUAAUGAGUGUGUUUAUCAAACAAUAAAAGUGUGAUCGACAGAACAAAAAAAAAACAAGUACCCAUACUCCAUAAGUUGAUGAAAUAAAACGUCGCGUUCAGCAAAGUUAAGGUAUUUGUAAGAAUAGGAAAACGCAAGCUAUCGAAAUUUAGUGAAUACACAAUACACAAAAAAAAACACAAAAAUUGUAUCGUAAAGAUAACUAUAAUUAAAUCUUAUUGAUAAAUGAACGGUGCGCAAGUAAACGCUAGAAACGAAGGAACUGGUAAGCAUUAGUUUAAUACAACAAGUUGAACAAAUUAUUCAGAAAACAAACAUGCAAAGCAAAUGUUGUUUAAUUGUAGCUGCAAAGAUGAUUACACGGAGAGAGCAAGCGAAUGGAAUCAUAAUAUUGUGAAAAAAUACAAAACAAAUUAUAACGAUUAAAAACAAA